GCACCCGCGUGUCCCUGCAGGGCGGCACUGACGGGCUCCGCUCUGUGCGCAGCCAUGGCGGGCACGGCCCAGCUGGGGGCGCUGCAGCUGCUGCUGUUCCUGCUGCCGCCGUGCCACAGCGACACCUUGCGGCGGCUCCUGCGCUUCCUGGCCCGGGUGGCGCGGCACGCCCAGGGCUCCCACCGCCCCGACGGACGCGAGAUUCCUGGGAAUAAAAUGACAGUUUCAAACUUGGCCACGAUCUUUGGUCCCAACGUCCUGCAGAAAGAGAGGCCUGGAGAGAAAGACGCUGCUGCUGUGAACUAUGAGGACAGCGAUGCCAUCAUACUGGUACUGCAGAGGCUGAUUGAGCAUCACCAGACCCUGUUCAUGGUGUCCCCUGAAAUGCAGCAACACAUCCUCAGGAGGCUCUUCCAGACAGACCCCGACAUCAUCGAGUACCUGCUGCGCCGGAGGCUCCGUGCUGCGCCGAGCACAGAGAGUGAGGAUUCAAGAGAGGAGCAUGCUCCAUCCCUGCUGCCAGGGUGGACCUGCACCCUGGAGAACAGCUCACUCUCAUCGGAGCUGUACAGCAACACCUCAUUCCUAAACCUGGACGUUGGCAUCUAGCGGUGCUGGGCCAGCCCCUCUGCACUGCGGACAGGACUGAGCAGCUGGGCAACCCUUCCGCACGUCAGAGGAGUGGGGCUUUGACAGGAGCAUGAAUGCCUGCUGGAGCCCCUUUGCCACCAGUGGACAAUCCAAUGGCAUGCAGGCUGGAGAGCAGCAGGCUGGUGUCUGACAGACUGGGGGAUGUGACAUAGAGGUCCAAAACUGAUCCUAUCUGGUGUAGUUCCAGGCACUGGUCAGGCUAGUGACUUACAGAGAUGGGGGAGCAAUAGCUUGGGGCUGAGCCCCGCUGUGAAGACAGGGAGGAUACUGUCCUGACAGGGAUGAUACUGUCCUGACACUGAGUGAAUGGGGAAUGUUAGCAGGGCACUGAGGAUGGAAAAUGCAGCUGGGGGUUUGGGAUAUCACUUACCUGUGCUGUUGUGUGGAGAGAAAGCUCUCCUGGAGCUGGAGGAAUGCCCAUAGAGCUACAGGAACAGCAACCCUGGUGCAAAGAUACCCCAGCCUGCUCUGUUCAGAAUGAAUUACAGCUUUCUUCUUUGUUUUAGCCCUGUUUAAAAUUGCUAAUGUUACAGACUGUAAAACACUGUAUCAAUCCCAAAAUGCAUGGCUGGCGUAGCAAGAGAGCACUGUAUACUCUGAGGACUACAAACUUCAAUUCUGCUUGAAUUCAUAUUCAGUAGGUUAGACCUUCUGAUGUAUUUUACACAUUAUGGUGUCAUUUCAUGAUCUUUGGCUGUGAAAUGGCUGGUUUGGUUUGUUCCUACUUCUCAGGCAUUGGAAUUCAUGGCUGGUUAUGUGCAAAUGUACGUUUGUAGCUGAUCUGUCAGAAUCACAGAGUCAUGGAGUGGUUUGGGUUGGAAAGUGUCAUGUUCACAGUUGAGAUCUUGCCUCCAAAGAAAUGCAGUUGAAGAGACGGCAGGCAGGUAGGAUGAUGGUGAGGGUUGUGGUGGGAGGAGGAUCAAUGCCUGGAGAAGCCUGAUGGC